AUGACCCCAGCCAGUCCACACGCAUCAAAGAAAGAGCGAAGGCCGAAUAGCAAUAUACACACACUGCUUAUCGCACUCGCAUACGCCUCUAUCGUGCAGUCCCCUCCCCCCCACACAACAUAUCCCGAGGGCGCAGUUCAUAUAACCAUGGAAUUAGCGCUGCGUGAACUUGUAUUUAGUAUAGGGUUAGGCUAUACCAAGCUCUACUAG